UCUCUCUCUGUCUCUCUCUCUCUGUCUCUCUCUCUCUCUCUCUCUCUCUCUCUCUCUCUCUCUCUCUCUCUCUCUCUCUUUCCCACCCACACACUCUCUCCCACCCAACACUUUUUCAGCCUCUUUCCCACCAUCUGCUCUCCGCCAUGAAGGUCUUGCUGUUCACUGUGCUGCUUGGCAGCGGCCUCAAUGCGGUUGCGUCACCUGAUGGACCGGACGACAAAGUCACUGCGCUCUCUAAGGACGCUCCGGCAUACGUCGUCGGUCCGAAUGUCUACUCCACUUCGACGUUCUAUACGACCUCUUACUUUACCAUCACCGAGUGUGCCUCAGAUGCUAUCAAUUGCCCGACAAAUGCCUUGAACGUGGUCACGUCGGCAGUGUUGGCUACCACCACCACAACCAUUUGCUUGACUUCAGGUCUGCCGACUCCAAGUGCUCUGCCAGAAGGCUCAGCUGCUGCGUCUUUGACGAUCAGUCUUUCUGUUGGCGUGCCUUCUGCAACAGGCCCAUUGCCAUCGACCGCCGUCACGUCAGCCAAUCCCCAUCCUUCCGGCUCGGGCUUUGUUCCUGCUCCAGGGUUGCCUCCUACUUCGAGCCCUGAAACCUUGCCGAUCCCAAGUUCUGGAAUUCACAUCGGUCCAGGACCUGCCCUUCCAUCUGUUUCGGGUCUCGCUCCUGCUCCAGGAUCUCCUUUGACAUCGAGUCAAGGCAAUCCGCCAAAUCCAAGCUCUGGCAACUCGAUCGGCCCAGUACCCGCUGUUUCAUCCAGCUGGCUCCCAAACAUCCCGUCCGGCUCAGGUUUCGCUCCGUACCCGGGCACCCCCACGAGUUCGAGCAUUGGUCAUCUACCAGUUCCAAACUCAGGCGUUCCGAUCGGUCCUAGUCCAGUCCUUCCAUCUCAAUCGCUUUCAGCAGUGUUAUCGGGCCCUGGUUUUGUCCCCAGUCUUCCCACGGCGUCUGGUCCUGGAAAUGUACCAGCAGCUAGCUCUGAAGUCCCGGUUGGUUCUAGUACUGCUCUCUCUUCUACAGCUUUGUACGCGCCUUCCGGGUCGGGUUCCUCUCCCUCUCUUCCAGGAGUUUCGGCCUCAGUACCCUUAGCCCCAGUGUCUAGCGGCUUUUACGUUCCAAUCCCGGGUACAUCCGCAGUGAUUGUUCCUGGUGCUCCACCAUCUUCAUAUUCACUGGGAUCUGAGGUUCCUCCACGCCCGCGACCAAGUGCUUGGGCACCAUCGGUCCCGGCAUCCAACAGCCCAUUGACCCCAGCCUCGCACACAGGUCCGAUCCCGACUCCCGGCUCUGGUGGCCCGUCUUCCGAAGUGCCUCAAGUGCCAACUACAACAGGCUCAAGCCACGGCUACCCGUCCGCCUCUGGCUCUGGUUCUCCAGGCUCUCCAUCCGGUUCUUCGCCCAUUGGAACUCCGUACAACUCCAAGCCCACUGCCAUGCCCUCUGAAUCCGGCUUUGUUUCUGGCGAGACUGGUACCGAAGGUAUCAAAACCUCUACUCUUGCAUCAUCAUCAUCAUCACCAGCAGGGUCUGCCAAUCCCAAUGUUCCCGCCACACCCUCGGCUUAUCCGCACGUACCAGGCUUAACAAGCACGAUCACUCACCCAACUUCCUCAGUUGAAGAGGGUACCACGACCAUGCAGGUCACGAGCAUCGUGACUUAUCCCCAAACGACUUUUGUCGUGACUGUACCGGUGCAGACUAGCAGCCGAAAUUACUCAACAGAGACUGAGGGCAUAAAUACCAGCAUCGGCACGGAUGCUUCUGCGUAUAUUCCGAGUGGCACUGGCUGGUGGCCAAGCGCCACCGCCAAUGGCACUGUCAUAUCACCCACCCCGAGCUCCCCGAUCCCGAUCAACAAUGAGGGCAAACAAACUUUCGGAUCGGGGAAGAGCUCUCUCCUCGCCGUUGUCGUCGCGCUCGCCUUGGCUCAUUUCGCUUAAGGCGCUUGAUACUAAACUUCGGCUCAUAUCUGCUCUUCAGUACGAGGAAUGGGCAAGCUGUUGUGGUGUUGUGUCAGGUUUUUGGGCCAUUCUUGCGACGAUUAUCACGCCUAGCUUUAGAUGGGUCUGUACUAAGUCGUAUGUUUUUUUUUGGUGUGGUCAAUCGGGAUAAUGGUGGCAUGGUUUUCAUCUGCUGUAUGAUGGACAGGUCUAUUCUCGCAACAUGUUACUACUUACAAAGUCGGCCACAUGGGGAUGAGUAGCUGAUAUUAUGUUACGUUUAUUAUGGC